AUGCGCCGUCUGCUGACGCAGGCGCGGGUGCUGCGACUUUUUCCGCGGAUGUCUGGCUCUGAGGCAGAGGCCUCCGCCGCCAGGCCCGAGGUCGGAGGCAGACCGGCGCGGCAGGGAGGGAAGAGGUCCAAGAAGAAGGCGGCGCAGGCGGAAACUGCCGGCUAUGCAGCCACAGGUCGGCACGGUCCGAGCGGACAGGAGCUGCGCGGCCCUGAGCAGCGGACCACAGUUCUGGAGGCGCCGGACGAGGAGUUCGAGAACCCGCUGCGCACGCCGGGGAUUGAGGCGGAGAACGUGCACAAGGUCUACGACGCCAUCGCCAGCCAUUGGAACCAUACGCGGUACAAAGCCUGGCCCAAGGUCGAGGCCUUCGUGCUGUCGCUGCCCAAGGGCUCGCUAGUGGCGGACCUGGGCUGCGGCAACGGCAAGAACUUGCCCCAUGCCAAGGCCGCAGGGUGCUUCCCCAUCGCCAGCGACAUCAGCGCGCCUUUGGCGCGGAUCGCAGCGGAGGAGCACGGCACCUGCUGUAUGGUGGCGGACUGCCUGGCCGCGCCUUUGCGCGGCGGCGCCUUCGACGCGGUGCUCUCCAUCGCCGUGCUGCAUCACUUAUCUACCCCCGCGCGGCGCGUGCAGGCGUUGCGGGAGGGAGCGCGGCUGCUGCGCUGCGGGGGGCUCUUCCUGGUCUACUGCUGGAGCUACGAGCAGGACCAGCGCAGCCGCUCGCGGCACCGCUUCGAGGCGCAGGACGUCCUGGUGCCCUGGAGCUUCCGCACCCCGGGGGUGAAGAAGGCCAAGGACGCAGGACCCGAAGAGCCGGAAGGCUGGGAGCAGCAGCCGCCAGUGUGCCAGAGGUAUUGCCACGUGUACAGAGAGGGCGAGCUCGAGGAGUUGUUGCAGGAGGUCCCGGAGCUUGAGCUGGUGAGCAGCUACUUCGAUACCGGGAACUGGUGCGCCAUUGCCAAGCGGCGGAAGCUCGAGGAGUUGCAGCUGCACGAAGCCAUCGGACGCAGCCAGCCACGGCAUGCGAGGUCCGAUCGGCCAGACUUCCUGGCAGACUCAUACCACCUGGGAUUUCAGCGUCUCUCGCCGGACCCCUCUCCAAUGUCGAGCCAUGUGCGGCGCGCCCUCGCGCGCUGCGAGCGCUGCCCGGAUGGGGUGGAGACAAACGAGGCGUUGCUGAGCCUUUGGCUUGGUGACUAUGCAACUGCCCAAGCGAAGAUGGAGGGCCCGGCAGCAGCUGCCCUGCGGGAGUUGACAAAGCAGAUGCCGCGGGCGGAAGCGGCCGGAGCCGCCUUCGUGCGCCGGCGCAUGGAGGCGCCGCGCGCCGCGGCCGCCGCGCGUGCGGUGCAGCUCUGCAGCGGCGCGCUCCCGGCGCGCGACGGCACGGCGCUGGGCUACGUGCUGUUGCUGAAGGAGGCCUCCGCGCCCUUGGUGGUGCGCUGGGGCGGCAAUGCGGAGCUCGCCGGCUUGGCGGCCCAGUCCGAGCUCCAAGACCUGGUGGCAUCUGGCCUGGCUGAGAUGCUGCUUCUGGACUUCCGGGGCUUCGGCUGGUCGGGCGGCUCCCCAGCCAUGGCCACACUGCGCAGUGACGCGCAGGAUGCCAUGCACGCGCUGCCGGCGGUGCUCCAAGAACAUGGCCGCGAUCCGGAAGCACACCGAGGCGUGGUGCUCUUUGGUCGCUCCAUUGGGUCCCUCUGCGCCUUACACUGCGCCAUGCUGGGCUAUGGGGAGGCGUUGGUGCUCGACUCCCCGGUGACCUGUCAGUGGCCGCUGGAGGCCUUGCCCUGGGCUCCCCUCGCCAGCUCCCUGCCGCCGCUCAAAGAGGCGAGCCGAACGCGCGUGUGCCUCUGCUGCCGGCGCCCGGCUGCGAGGCAAAGCCAAAGCGCCUGGGAGCGGUGCCAGUUGGCCACGGAGGACCUCCUGCAGUGCCUGGAGAUGCCGUUGCUCUACAUCAACGGCACGGCCGACGUGGUCUGCCCCGCAGAGCACGCCAGAGAGUGCUUCCUAGCCGCCGGUGCGGCGGAGAAACAGUUUCUGCUACUUGAGGGCCUCGGACACAACGAGGUGUCCGGCUCGGAGCAGUACCGACAGGCGCUGCAGGAGUUUCUGCUCCGGGCGAAAAGCGCGGCUCUGCCCGCUUCGCCCGCUUCGCCCGCUUUGCCCGAUGACCGCAAGCUGCGGAACUACAAGAUCGUCAUCAGCAAGGAGACGCGGUCCAUUCCGCUGGCAAAGUUUCGCGAGGUCUUUCAGGGCGCCGAGCCGGAGGACAUCGCCACGCCGCUGGACCAGCUCUGCGCGACCUUUGCGGUCUCCGAGAAGCCGUGGCACAGAGCGCAUCGCGCGCUCCAAGCUUUUGGCUCGAAGCCGUGA